AGAUAUGCUGCGCCUCCCCUUGGCGAACAACGAUUCCGGCUACCACAGCCUCCACUUCGUGAGACUGACCUUGUCGAUGCCACUCAACACGGCGCAGUGUGCUUCGGCGUUACAAACCCUGCAACGCCUACUCCACCAUUGGAGUAUUCGGAGGAUUGCCUGAAUAUCGACGUUUACGCACCAGCGAAUGCCACCAGCAACGACAAUGGUGGACUACCGGUGAUGCUAUGGAUCCAAGGCGGAGGCUAUGUGCAAGACUACAACCCCAACUAUAACGGAACUGGACUCAUCGAGGCCUCUGGCGGCAACCUGAUCGUGGUGACUUUCAACUACCGUGUCGGACCAUACGGCUUCCUUGCCAGUACAGAUCUUCAGCAAGAAGGGAGUCUCAAUGGCGGCUUCCACGACCAACUAGCUGCAAUUCAAUGGGUCCAAGAUCAUAUCUCGUCAUUUGGCGGCGAUCCCACACGAGUGACCAUCUUCGGCACUUCAAUCGGAGGAGGAAGUGUCAUUCUUCACAAUCUUGCCUACGGCGGCAGCCCACCCAACACUUCCUCCACGGUAUGGAGUGCUGGAAUUGGAGAGUCACUCUACCUCCCAUCGGUCUUGACCGUCGAUCAAGCGCAGUUCCAAUACGAUCAGCGCGAGAACCGGCACGGCUUCUGCAUUGCUCCAGAUCGGUAUCGUCAACGACAAUCGGCUAGGGCGAUAGAUCUUAUCUUUGUAAAUCGAGGAUGUAAAUGCAGGGCCUAUUUCUUCAAGGCGCGGUAA